AUGUCCCUGAGCCGGAAAAAUUACCUGAAGACAGGCUACUUCAGAUUAAGUGAGACGGGCUGGUGGAGCUCUGGUUCAUCCCUCUGCUCCUCCCUCCAGAGCCUAGUGCUGCAGAUCGGAAAGUCCAUUUUAGAGGAGGAGGCGCGGGAGGCCGAGAGGGAGAAGAGGAGGUACAUGGAGGAGAACUGCCCCUCCCUCUCCAUCCCAGGCUGCAUGCACGAGCUCCAGGAGCUCUGCCGGCAGCUCCACAAGCAGAUCGACCUGGUGGAGGAGGACAAAUACGACAUGGAGAUCAAAGUCAAAAAAUGUACCAAGGAGAUCGACGACAUGAAGCUGAAGGUUCAGGACCUGAACGGGAAGUUCCGGAAGCCGGCCCUGAGGAGGGUGAGGAUGUCGGCGGACGCCAUGCUGGCCGCCCUGCUGGGCUCCAAGCACAAAGUGUCCCUAGACCUGCGAGCCAACCUGAAGCAGGUCAAGAAGGAGGUGAAGGAGGAGGAGAAGCAGACAGGCGACUGGAGGAAAAACAUCGAGGACAAAGCUGGAAUGGACGGCAGGAAGAAGAUGUUUGAGGCAGAAUCUUAA